AUGUCCAGUUUGCUUUUUAUCAGUACUCGACCCUUAACGCAAAAUGUCAUGAUAAGGAUUUUAUCAAUGCGGUCGGCGAGCGCAACAGCUGUACCACCACCAGCAAAGAUACAGUUGCCAAAACCAAAAGAACCUGGUCACAUUCAGUAUCAGAGGUUUUGGUCGCGUGAUAAACGUUACAAACCACAAGUGCCUGGUGAUACACCAGCAAGAUUAUUAUUUGGACGUCUCGGUCAUGCAUAUGAAAUUUAUCCUUUGCUUUUUCUUGGUUUUGUAUGGUUUUGUGGUUUUUUGGUAAUUUCUUAUACCAGUUUGUCGAAGAUCGAAGUUUGGAUAGAUAGAAGUUAG